AGAGCCUGUACCAUCCCUUCCUAACCUCAUCGCAAUCUACAAUUUACCACUUCCAAUCAAAACCAAGAGACUUCAAGUCCAUUAUGUCGACCAAAACCAUUGCCAUUGUUGGCAUUACUGGCAACCAGGGCGCAUCUGUAGCCAAUGUCUUCCUCAACGAGCCUGGCUGGAAGAUCCGCGGCAUCUCUCGCGACCCAACCAAACCAUCUUCCAAAGCAUGGAGUGACAAAGGUGUCGAAAUGGUAGCCGGCGACCUUGACCACAUCGAGUCGAUGAAAAAGGCAUUCAAAGACGCCAAUGUCAUCUUCGGAAACACCGACUUCUGGCAGCAUAUGAAGAGUCCGGCCACGGCUGAGCGCGCACAGAAAGAAGGACGCACCCCAAACGAGGUCGCGUAUGAUCUCGAAUUAGAACAGGGGAAGAACAUGGUGGAUGCAGUUGCUGCGAAUGUGGACACCCUUGAUCGAUUUGUGUUGAGUACAUUGAGCGAUUCGAAGAAGUGGAGUAAGGGGAAGAUUACGUUUAAUCUUCACUUUGAUUCUAAAUCGCAAGUUGCCAAAUAUGUGAGCGAGAAGUACCCGGAGUUGGCGAAGAAGACUAGUUUUGUGCAGUUGGGUGUCUUUGCAAGCAAUUGGAAGGAUGGAAUGCCAGUACCAAAGAAGCAGGAGAAUGGGACGUACAAGGUUAGCUUGCCAAUGGGAGGAGACAGGAAAUUCCCCAUGGUGGAUCCUAGAGCCGAUGCAGGUCACUUCACAAAAGCCCUCGUUGAGUUACCCGCAGGUAAGAAUCUCGUCGGCGCGGGCUCUCUCCUCAGCUGGAACGACUGGUGUCAGAUCUGGGGUAAGAUAAAUGGUGUUACCUGCACGUUCGAAAGGACUGAUCGCAAGUACAUGGACGAGAACAUGGGUUCAUUUGGACGAGAGCUUGCGGACAUGUUCCAAUACAUUGACGAGUUUGGGUACGAUGGUAGCGAUCCGAGUGUCGAGUACCCUUGGAAUCUUGGGGUCAAUGUUAAGAGAACGACAAUGGAGGAGUAUCUGAAGAAGCAGGACUGGUCAUCAAUUUUGUAGGGAAUACAUACUAUCAGUCUUAUGGGAUCACAAUAUCGAGCGACAGAUGUUUCAUUGCGCUUCACAAUAGCUAGCUCAACAAAAUAAAAUAGCGGGAGGUUGCUAAAG